CGCACGUAUUACACGGAGCUCCUCAUCACCGGAAGUCUGCGUUUGUCGCGCCCCGCCGUCUCGCCGGGCAUACUGACAUCUCCUGGACACUGAAGAGAAUGUCUGUGGUGUGCCAGUUGUCACCAGGAUGGUUACUGGAUCAUCUUUCUUUCAUUAACAAGAUAAACUAUCAGGUUCACCAGCAUCAUGAGCCUUGUUGCAGUAAAAGUGAGCCCACUUCUUCUGUCUACCUUGAUUCUCUUCGUAUGGAUUCCGCGUCCUCUUUUGGAUCCUCUGCUACAUUUACUGCUUCUGACUCUACCAUUAAGCUAGAGAAUGAUGAUGGAGGAAAUUGUGAAAUGUUCAUUCAAAAAUACGUUUUUCGAUCUGAACUGUUUGAUGUCACUAUACCUUAUAUAACUUCAGCUAUUCACAAGGAAUGCCAACAAAGUAAUGAAAAGGAAGAUCUAAUGAAUAGUGUUAAAAAAGAAAUCUCGAUUUCUACUGUUGGGAAGAAGCGUAAAAGAUGUGUUGUUUUCAAUCAAGGUGAAGUGGAUGCUAUGGAAUAUCAUACAAAGAUUAGGGAGCUGAUUUUGGAUGGAUCUUCACAGUUAAUCCAAGAAGGUUUUAAAAGUGGCUUUCUUCAUCCACUUUCUGAAAAACGGGACAAGUGUAGAGAGCCCAUUACAUUACCACUUGAUACCUGCAAUUUGUCAGAAUUAUGUGAAAUGGCAAAGCAUUUGCCUUCCCUGAAUGAAAUGGAGCUCCUGACAUUACAAUUGUUGGAAGAUGAUGUGUCUGUUACAGAGCAGGAUUUAUUUUCACGGGUUGUUGAAAACAACUCUAGCUUUACAAAAAUGAUUACUGUAAUGGGACAGAAAUACCUGCUGCCACCAAAAAGCAGUUUUCUUUUGUCUGAUGUUUCUUGUAUGCACCCACUUCUGAAUUGUGGGAAAACAUAUGAUGUAAUUGUGAUAGAUCCACCAUGGCAGAAUAAAUCAGUUAAAAGAAGUAAGAGGUACAGUUAUUUAUCACCACUACAAAUAAAGCAAAUACCUAUCCCUAAACUGGCUGCUCCAGACUGUCUUGUUAUUACUUGGGUGACCAAUAGACAGAAGCACCUACGUUUUGUAAAGGAAGAACUUUAUCCUUCGUGGUCUGUGGAGUUAGUUGCUGAAUGGCACUGGGUAAAAAUCACCAAUUCAGGAGAGUUUGUGUUCCCAUUAGAUUCUCCACACAAAAAGCCUUAUGAAGGUCUUGUACUGGGGAGAGUUCGAGAAAAAGCUGCUUUACCAUUAAGGAAUGCAGAUGUGAAAGUGCUCCCCAUUCCAGAUCACAAGUUAAUUGUCAGUGUGCCAUGUACUCUUCACUCACAUAAGCCACCUCUUGCUGAGGUUUUAAAAGACUAUGUCAAGCCAGAAGGGCAAUAUUUGGAAUUGUUUGCUCGAAAUUUACAGCCAGGUUGGACUAGUUGGGGCAAUGAAGUUCUCAAAUUUCAACACGUGGAUUAUUUUAUUGUUCUAGAGUCUAGAAGCUGACUCUGAUCUUAAAGUUGUGAUUUUUCUUCAGGUUCUCCUCAUCCUUUCUUUCUUCAUUCUAACUGAUUUUUCAUUUUAUUACCAACCAGUAUGCUUAGAAAUGUAAACAGGACUUGGUUUUUCAGCAAAAUAGCCAGAAAUGACUAGCCUUCAUGUAAUUUUGAGACGAAUUUCACUUCGGUUGCGCUAAUGUUCCACCUUACUCUAGACUCACUACAAAUAAAGAUGUAAGCCAUUAGAAAAAUGGCAAGCCUUUGUAAUUAAAAAAGUCACAAAGCAUGCACUGUGGACCAUAGGUCUUAAUUCUGCCUAUGGAUGUGUUUUCUUUGGCCCACACAUGUUAUAUAUAUAUAUAAAAAAAUUGAGCCAUCAUUCUAAAAAAAUCAUGAAAGUUCACAUAAAAGUCCAGAUUCCUACUUCUCUUUAAACUUCAGGCAUACUUCUCUUUAAACUCAGAUGCUCUGGCUGCACUGAGGCAUGUCCUCCCUCCUGCUGUCAAUCUGUAGGACACAGUGAUGGCAGCUCUUUUGAGAAGAGCCAUGUACUCUCCAGUUUAUGACAGUACCACUUGCUCCAUGCCACUCACUUAUAUUGUCUAGUUGGCCGCUGUACAACCCAAAUGUACAACCUCUGUUAUACUGUUAUAUUCUGGGAAAAGCAUUCAGAGACCUGCCAAGUUCAUAGUGAGUUGAGGAAACAUUAUUGAAGGGUUUUAAAUUGUGUUCAAGUUCACUUUUUCUUUUCCUUUUUUUUUUUUUUUUUAAGGAGGGCGCAGCUCUCAGUGGCCCAUGUGGGGACUGAACCGGCACCCUUGGUGUUAUCAGCAUCAGGCUCUAACCAACUGAGCUAACUGGCCACCCCCCAAGGUCACUUUUAAGUACUUCUUAGUUAGCUUGUUUUUCUAGAAAAAACUUGAAAAAAUAGUUCUUAUAAAAAUGUCAGAAAGUAAACACUGCUUAUGAUUGUGAAAAAAGUAUAUUAUUUAUAGAUUUUCUACAAAUAAAUAUUUGUUUAUUAAGUAAAAUAUUUUUACUGAAAUGAUUAUUUGAAAGUAUGCUGAUUUAUUAUAUAUAAUCUUUUCUAAAAUUUUGAGGUAUAAUUUUCACAUAAUAUUUUUCUCCAAUUUUCAUUACAGAAGUUUAGUGAGUUUUGAAAACAUACUAUCUACUACUAGUCAUCUAUCUACUACUAUAAUCAUGAUGUAGAACAUUUCCUUCAUCCCCAAAACUCAUGUGUCUCUUUGCAGUCAACUCCAUCCUACCACCCUGGGACCUUGACAAAUAAUGAUUUGUUUUCUAUCAUUACUUUUACAAAUUUUUACAAUUUCAUAUAAAAGGAAUCAUAGAAUGUAUAAUCUAUUUUGUCUGGCUUCUUUUACUUAGCAUUUUGAAAAAUAUUUAUACUAUUUACAGAUUUUCUACAAAUAUUUACUAAGUAAAAUGUUAGAUUGACAUUAUCUGAUAAUGUUGCCAAUUUAUUUGCUUGUUUUACCAAAGUAAAAUGUUAUUUUUGAAGGUUGUUCAUUCUUUGAGUAUGUGAAUAUAGUAUC